UGACUUGACUCAAAGAUCCUCUCUUGUGCAUGGGCUGUCAUCUUAGAAGACAAGAGCUCUCUCAAAUGCUGUGUCUCUCCAGGGAUUCAAUAAAAUAAUGGAAUGCAAUUUGGAUGAAGACGGAUAUACACAAUUAGAUUUCAACAGUCGAGGCGUCACCAGGAGACCUUUGGUAUCAGAGAAAGGAAAUUGUGCUGCAUCUCCUUGUUGGCGUCCCUGUGCUGUGACCUUGGGAAUCCUAUGCUUAGUAAUACUGGUGAUAGCUGUGGUCCUGGGCACUGUGGUUAUUCGGAGAUCUAAUUCAGAGAGCAACCCACUGCAGAAUGGCAACUUUACAUCAAGAAAUAAAAAGAACCACAGCCAAACCACACAAUCAUCUUUAGAAGAGAGUGUGGUUCCUACUAAGAAACCUACUAAGGCUCCAACAACCACAAAAGUUUUUUCCAGCCUUUGUCCCCCUAACUGGAUCACAUACGAGAAAAGCUGUUAUAUAUUUCAGACAUCACCACAAUCUUGGAGAAGAAGUAAGAGACAGUGCUCUCAGAUGGGCUCUAAUCUCGUGAAGAUAGACAGCUCAGAAGAACUGGAAUUCAUAGUAAAGCAAGUGUCUUCCCAACCUGAUAACUCAUUUUGGAUAGGGCUUUCUCGCAAUCAGACUGAGGGACCAUGGCUCUGGGAGGAUGGCUCAACAUUCUCUUCUGACUUGUUUCAGAUCAGAAGCACAGAAACAGAAGAAAACUCAUCUCACAAUUGUGUAUGGAUUCAUGUGUCAAUCGCUUAUGAUCAACUCUGUAGUUUGCCUUCAUACAGUAUUUGUGAGAAGAAGUUAUGAAUAUAAUGGUGAUGUAGGAGGGCAAAGAGAUAUGGGAGGAAACAGGGAAGGCAAAAAACAGAAACUAGUGAUAUUUAAAGUAGAAAAAAUUCUGAAAAUGUUAAGAGAGACCAACAAAUUGAUCUUUGCUGAGAAACAGGAUGGAGAGGCUGUGGUUUCUGUACUUACCAAUACUAUAGGUAGAUCAGUAAAUUAUUAUGUUCUAGAUAAUAGAGCUCUGGAUGGGGAGUCAGGGCAGCUGAGCGUGAAUUUUCACUCUACCAUUGAUUUUAGUAUUUACCUAGGAUAAGCUGCAAAUUAUUUGGGUUUCAACAAGGUCUUAAUUCUGACUCUACCAGAGUAAAACCCUAUAUUUUCACUAAUUUUUGUCUUCAAAAAGUGUUCCUGGAAUAAAUACAUGUUUAUAUGAUUUAUUCCUCAACUUUUAGCAGUACCCUAGAUAAAAGUGAAAUGCAGAAUGUAUUUCUGAAUAGCUAAAUGAAGAAUGGGAAAAAUCUUCAUUGCAAUCAGAAAUUUUAUUAUUUUUUUCAUCAAUAUGAUUGUCAUCAUCCAAAAGCAGCAACUUCAUCUGAUUUUUUUUCCCAAUUAAGUAUCUCAGAAAGCCUUUCUGCCACAUCUCUGAUUAAUAGGAUUCUGCAUAAUGUGAAAUUGUAGGGCAACUGCCCUUCUAGGAAAGCUUUCUCCUUUUGAAAUUAUAUAAAUAAAAAUAAAUAUAAUCUGGUAAUUAAUAUAAAUCAGUAACCAAUCCCAUUGGCAUUUUGGAAUCCCAAAUGAUUUUGUUUAUUAUUUUUUAUAAUAAUGAUAACUAUUUUGUAGUUUUUUCUAGUUCCUUAAUAGUUACUGUAAAAAUGUGUUAUUGGAAUGUAAAUAUGUUUCCUAAUGUGAUGACUUGUCUCUCAUAUUUUAAAAAAAUUUCUCACUGGAGUUAUUAUUUCCAUUGGGGAUUUCCAUAUUUUUUGGGAAGCAUCUGCAGCCCUCUCAUGUUGAUUAAUAUGUGAUCAUAAACUGUGUCAAGUUCAUUAAAGAUGCCUAUCAAAGAAACUUUGACCCUAAAUUAUGUGCCUGUGUGUAAUAAUCACUAUCAAAAAUUUCCCUUUCCGCAAUGUGAUGAUGGAUUUCAUACUGGGGAGGAGGUAGAUGUU